AUGCUGCGCGUCUUUGGCCGGCGGCUGCGCCUCGCGGCGCCCCCCGCCGGUACUCCCGCCCCGAUGGUCUGCCCGCUGGACCUCGCUCUCACCGGAACCGCGUGGGCUCGCUUUCUGAACGAGCUGCUCACGUGCGGGCUCCUCGACGCGGCCCCCUUCUCCUCUUCGGCUGCACUACAGCUGGCGAUCGACCGCCUCGAUGUGUCGCCAGCGGCGCUGGAGGUGAAAGAGCCCGAUCUCCUCCCGGUGGGGGGCCUCGCCGCCGCGGCCGCGCUGGCGGGGGAUGCUGCUCAUGCGCAGCGCGGGGCGCCUCGCCGAGCCAGCGCCGCGGCGUCUGCGGCGAGGCCGGCGGCGGCUGCGCGCGCGGCCCUCGCGCCAUGCCUCGCCCCGCUGGCCUGCACCCCGCUCUCCACCCUAGAGGUCGAGGGGGACGCGCCGUGGACCGUGAUCGCCUACCUCUCCGGCAUGCUCGGCCCCUGCUUUGGGCAGGCCGAGCGCGAUCGCGCGGGGUCGCAGGUGCAGCUCGGCGCCCACCUUCUCGCCAGCGGCUGCAUCUCCGCGUACGGCCUCCCCCCGAGUGCUAACCCGCAACUACUGGCGAGCUAUUUUAAGGACUACGUGCUCGCGCUGGAGGGCGCGCUGCCCCCUUCGCUCUGCGCCCCCAACGCUGCGGGGCCGCAGUGGCUGGAGGAGGCGCGCGAUGCGGCGACCUACUUGCGCGACGACGCUGGCCGCCGCAGCGUCGAGGAUAAGCGCCUCUACCUGCUCGCCCCCGGCGCCCCGCUCCUGUUCUCAGUCCUCAGCGACGUCCGGCGGGGGGGGGAAGCGCGCGACCUCGUGUUCGCCCUCGCCACCGCGCUCCUGCCGGACGCGCGCAUGAGUGCGCCCACCACGCCGCUUGCCACCGCCGUGCGGCGCGUGGAGGCCUCGCUUGCCCCGAGGCAGGCUGUCUUGGCCGCUGCCUCUGCCAACGGCGCGUCCCCGCAGUCCGUGGUGGCCGCGCUGGUCGAACAUGCCGCCUCGCUGCGCCCACCGAGUGCGGUGGCUGCAGCAGACACGGCCCCUUCUCGCUCGGGCGCCUACGGAGGUGACGGGGGAGGCGGGCUGGCUUUUGGCAGCCUGGACGCGGAGUUCUCCAGCGCCCCGUUCGUGGACUUCGAGCGCACCAUCCUCAGCUCGCCGUGCCACACGCCGGACGAGCGCGCCGGCAUCUUCGACCUCGCGCUGGCUGGCACUUUGCGAUCCACUUUGCGCAUCCUCGUGAACGCCCCUUCGGCCGCCGCCCUCUCGCGGCGUCGCCCCUGCCUGGGCAAGCUCGCCGAGCUGCGCCCGUUCCUGCCAGAGUACCUCGCCUCGGCGGUCCUACGCCUCUACUACAGUAGCCACUGCCACCGUAAACGUCCACGACGCGAUCUUUGGAACCUCGACGCGCACCCCGCCCUUUUGGGUCGCUUCCUCAAGUUUGACCUCGACACGGACUGGUAUGGAUCCCCCGACGACCCCGGACUGCUCUACUUCCUGUCGUCGGUGGAGACGAGGCGGAUCGGCUGGCGGAACCACGCCGUCGACCCCGCGGACCAUUUCUGCAAGCCGUGGCUGUACUCCAGUUGA